AUGCCCAGACUAAUAUCCACCCUCUCCCGCGGCCUCAAACUCGUGUUCUACUCCUGGCUCAGUCUCAUCGGCAUCUGGGCCUUUCUUCCUUCUUUACGCAUCUCAUCCGAAUAUAGCAAUCAGUACAUUCAAGAUACCCUAAAAUCGGGCCAAUUGUUGCAUACGGUCUAUCCAUGGGACAAAUCCUUUGAAGUCGCCUCUGUGACCAUCGAGCCCGCUAAUGCGCUCUACCCCGGCUCUCCGCGCUCAUGGGCCAGAGUGCGCGGUAUGCCCAGUGAUUGUACACACAUGCUAGCUGGCUGGCAAAUCCUCACCGAAAAUGCGGGAGCGCUGGUUCUUGGGGUUGGUCAUGACCUCCGGACACGACUGAAUCUGACGAAUGCCGCUCUCAAAGUGCGAGAUGGCAUGCUCGGUAAUGAGGCAGUCGAAGUGGAUGAUAUGUUGAUUUCUUUGUCUGAAGAUGAUGGCAGAGAUGAGACGGUUUAUAUCAGUGAUACGGUCACCGUACAAGUCGACUCCGGUGGGAGAGAUCACAUCAUUAAUCUGCCCUGGUUCCAUACACCGGAUGCAGCAUGGUUUCAUAACCAGAUGCAUGGAUUCAAGUACGACAUGGACAUUAGAGUCGUUGCACGCCGACUUGAAGCUAACGAUAAUGCGAUUGUCGUUGAGAUUUGGAAAUCUGCGCCUAUAACGGAAUGGUUGAGACUGCGGUGGGAAAAGAAGCAACUGGCCCUAGACCCGAACUUUGGGCCGAUGACUGGACCAAAGGAUGGGAAGAAGACUGGAAAUUUUGAGAAGAAUAUUUUCCGAAGCGAGCAGUAUUAUUCAUCGGGUCUUUUGGCCAGUUUUUUCCACUUGAGUGAGCCGCCUCAUCCUUCGCAUUCGCCUGCACGGGACGUUAGAAUAACGUUCCGUAACGCCGAACUUACGUCGAGGACGUAUUGGAUAAGGUCCAUGCUUUUGGGCCUGUUGGCGCCAACUUUGAUGGUUGCGUUUUCCCUGGAGAUGAUCGCGAUCGACUCUCUGUCGGUUUUGAUGUGUACCGAGAUCUUGUCGCUGGUGGGAAAGAGGGAGAAGGCGGCGGGAAAAUGGGAUUCCUGGAGUGGUCGUCCAAGUUCUGGUUGA